GUCGUACACCAUGGCUAUCUUACUCAGCUGCAACGGGGGAUGGUGGACGACGCUGAAUCGGGCCUUGCACAUCUUGAAGAUCCAAGUUCAUAGAUGAAGAUUAGCCCAACACGUCAGCACAAGGGAUCUGCGACGUACUUUGUAGCACUACCUAAAGAAAAAAAAAGGCUGCAAAAGGACGCAAAGCAGUACCGAAGAAUCGACAUGAGAUCAAAAAAGGACGGAGGACCUAACGCACCAUAUGCUCUCGACAAUCCUGCCCGCAGUGUGAUUAGCGAAACACGUUGAUGACAGCAUACCUCGAACCAUACAGCACGCAAGCACCUCCUCAAUCCCAGCCCACUCUGAAGAAUGGCCGUCGAGCGACCACAACAUCGAAAUGGCUCACCUGGCUGGAUGGGGGGCAGAGUCUCAAUGAGCUUGCAUGGAGGUGGUGGAUGCAGAUGGAAGCUUCCAGUUGUAUGCGGAAAGGGCGUCGGGUCGCAAGUCAUCGUACCAAUGGGAUUAGGCUACGGCCAGCUCGAAACGGUUGCCGAGCUUGGAGUAACGGUCGCUUGGGGCUGUUAUAUAGGCGCAUAUGUUGCAAUCGUGUCCGCAGCCCUACCCACUGUCAUCCACCCGCCUCCAUUUUAGACCUUUGCCUUGCCUGCGUCUGUAUCAAACAGAAAGGUCUUAAAGUCGCGCCAUUUCGUUCGUACAUUGCAAUUGCGUGUUGCCGUCCGCUAGUAGGGCGAUGGGGAUCCCUAUCAGAAAUGUAUAAUCAGUGGGGAGCUAAAAUAAAACAUACCUUUCUUGCCUCAGAAUCGGUUUCUCUCCUCUGCAACAAAGCCAUUCGUCCAUCGCACGUCAGAAUGUCCUCAAUUCGAGUGAACGCAUCUCUGUCCUUGGCUGCUACGAACAACGCCUCCCGCAAGUCGCUAAACCCAAGGACCGUCCAAUUCUGCUCAUGUGUCACGGUUCCUUCUCGUCGCGCUCUUGCAUGUGAGUUCUGGAAAAAGGUCGCGUGGCAACUGAGGGUAAUGAUGGUAAGAGUCGAAGAAACGUGGGAGCCAGCAAGCGUCACGAUCGACGAACAAUCCUCACCACCAUGCUCUCCUCUUCAGCCCGCCCUUACCGCUACGAGCGACCUUCCGUACCUCCUGCACCGCCUAUGAAAUUGGCGACGUCUCCACUCCGUUCUCGUGAUGUCUCCUCCCUCCGACGCAGCUACGUCUUCAGUCCCUCCGCCACGCCCACUCCCUACCACAAGCUCCCUAACGCAUGCACGCUCUGCCUCCCCAACUUC